AUCCGUGCUUAAAGAUUUGAAUUGGUUAAAUCGUGGUAAAUGCUUGGAACUUGGACCAGAAAAAAGAAAAUUAUUUGUUGAACAACUUCAAAAGGAUGUUCAUUUGCUUCAACAUUUAAAUAUUAUGGAUUAUAGUCUCCUUAUAGGAUUACAUUACACAUCACGUGGAAAUAAAGACAGCAUUCGUCAAGAUUUCUUUGUAUUUCAACCUCACAGUGAAAACUCGAUACCGACUCAUAAAAGAGAAAGUAAGGCAUCCAAGUUAAGAAAAUUAGUGGGUCAGGCUGAUCCAGUCAAAUUAGAUCAAUCUACUACAAAAUUAGUUUUAGACGCUAAGAAUGAACGUAAAAAUUGUGUAUUUUAUAUGGAUGAUGGCGGAUUUCGUGCUACCGAUGAACAAAAUAAUCCCACACAAUAUAUUUAUUAUUUGGGUGUUAUUGAUAUUUUAACUCCCUAUAACACUGUUAAAAAAGCUGAGCAUGCUUGGAGAGCUUUAAAUAAUGACAAGAAAAUGAUUUCAGCUGUUAAUCCAGAUUGGUACGGUCAAAGAUUCUUAGAUUUUAUGUUCAAGGCAAUCAAACAUAAUGAUGUAAAAGAAGAAGAGGAAGAAUUAUAG